CUAACUAUCUGUGACAAAAAGCAGCACGAAGUGGAAAUAUUUUGUUUAGACACAAUUAUCCAUUGAAGCCAGUGCACCUUUGUGAUCACAAUACAUACACACUGGGGUUUUAUCCUUUAAUUUCCUUAAGGCACUUAAUUUAUGGAUGCUAUCAUCAGUGAUUCAGACUGGGAGACUUCCAGUGACAGCAGCAGCAGUGAGGAUCAAGAGGAAAUGGAUUUUCUAUAUGGUGGGCAAGCUCAGAGCAUAUUAUCAAGUUUAGAGGAAAGUAUUGGGAAGAUUGAUGAUUUUCUCUCAUUUGAGAAAACAUUUGUUCAUGGGGAUGUGGUCUGCUCCUUGUCAGAUCCAUCUGGACAGAUGGGCAGGGUCACAGGUGUUGAUAUGUUUGUGGAUUUGGAAAAUCUUCAAGGAAAAGUAUUAAGAAAUGUGAACUCCAAGAAACUUUCGAAGAUUCGCUCCAUUUCAGAAGGUACUUAUGUAAUUAGGGGGCCAUGGCUUGGUCGGGUUCAAAGGGUUGUGGACAAAGUGACUGUAUUGUUUGAUGAUGGAGCUAAGUGUGAUAUCAUUGCUUCGGAAAGAGAGAAGCUUAUACCACUGACUCGUAAUUUUCCUGAAGAUUCACAGUAUCCAUACUAUCCAGGGCAGAGAGUAAAGGUUAAGCCCUCCAGUGCUUCUAAAUCAGCUAGAUGGUUAUGUGGCACUUGGAGAGACUACCAAGAUGAAGGAACUGUUUGUGCUAUAGAAGCAGGUUUGGUGAAUGUUAACUGGCUUGCCUCUGUUCCUAUGGGUUGCAAUUUGAAUGUGAAUGCUCCCCCAUGCUGGCAAGAUUCCAAAAGCUUGACUGUGUUAUCUUGUUUUUCACAUUUAAACUGGCAGCUUGGUGACUGGUGCACACUCUCAGUUGCAGACCUAAAGGAACAGAUUAUUCAACAAGCAUCUUCAGCUGGUCUUACUAUGGAGCAUAGUAUGGAAAGAGGGUAUAAGAGAAGAAACCUUAACUCCUAUAUUGGUGAAUUGUUUAUAAUUGGGAAGAUAAAGACCAAAGUUGAUAUUGUGUGGCAAAAUGGUGAGCAUACUUUGGGAUUGGAUCCAGAGAAUUUACUCCUGGUGAAUGUUAUAAACACUCAUGAAUUUUGGCCUCAUCAGUUUGUAAUGGAAAAAGGUGCUUCUUCUGAUCCUCUUAAGCCUAGCAGUCAAAGAUGGGGUGUUGUCCAAUGUGUGGAUGCAAAGGAGCAUAUUGUAAAGGUAGAAUGGAAAACUGUUUCCAUAUCCGACCAAGAUAAUUUGGCUGGAGAUAAAAUGGAGGAAACUGUGAGUGCCUAUGAACUUGUAGAGCACCCAGACUACUCCUGUUUUAUUGGUGAUAUUAUGUUCAAGGCGGCUCAAAAACAGCUUGGUUACCAAGCUGGCAAAGAAAAAGCAAAGUCUGUGACUGACUUGAAUGCGGAGAAUGCUCUUAAAAAGGGGAACCAAAUGUGUUAUCAGGAUGAGUUCCCUGAUAACUGUUUCCUGGGCUGUAUUGGCAAUGUUACUGGUUUCAAAGAUGGGGAUGUGGAGGUGAAAUGGGCUACUGGUUUCACAACCAAGGUUGCGCCUUAUGAAAUUUUUCGGAUUGAGAAACUCGAAGGUUCAACCGAAACCCCCACCCCUAAUGAAAUUAAUGUUGAGGGGUUAACUCAAGAGAUGAUUGAACAUGGAAGUCUACCUUCUGAGCAGAAGGGAAAGGACUUCUUGAAUGAUGGUGGUAGUAGAGAGAAUUGUGAAAAGAAUCUUGUGGAGUGUAGUUCCUUUUCCCUUCCUCGAGCCGCCUUUGAACUUGUCUCCAGCAUUAAAACCAGCAUACUCCAAACACUUCGUGGAUCUUUACUUUCAGAAACAUUUUCCUCAGUACCUACAUUUGAAAAGGAGAAUGGAUCUGAUUUUCUUGAUAAGAAAGACUUGGAAACUUGUGACCUCUGCCCUGAAUCACAUCCAAUGACUGAGUUGCAAUCUACUGAAGACAGAACUUCAUAUCCAGAAGUUAUUAGAAUACAUGAAAAGAAUGAUUUUCCAUUUUCUUCAGACAGCAACAGUUCAAACCAGUUUAAGCAGUUUGAUGUUAUAGAAAAUUGCUCUGACCACCAUUUUUUUGAUGAGGGAAAAGGGUUGUCAAUAUCUCAGGUAAAAAGAGGUUGGGUGAAAAGGGUUCAGCAAGAAUGGAGCAUACUCGAGGAAAAUAUUCCUGAAACUAUUUAUGUUCGUGCCUUUGAAGAAAGAAUGGAUCUCAUGCGAGCAGCUAUUGUUGGUGCAUCUGGAACUCCUUAUCAUGACGGGUUGUUUUUCUUUGAUAUAUGUUUUCCUCCGGAGUAUCCUAAUGAACCACCUAUGGUGCACUACAAUUCUGGUGGACUCCGAUUAAAUCCUAACUUGUAUGAGUCAGGGAAAAUCUGUCUGAGUCUCCUAAACACUUGGACUGGCUCUGGCAGUGAAGUGUGGAACCCUGGAGCCUCCACUAUUCUUCAAGUUCUUCUCUCACUGCAAGCCCUUGUCCUUAAUGAGAAGCCUUAUUUCAAUGAGGCUGGUUAUGACCAACAAAUCGGCAGAGCUGAGGGAGAGAAAAACUCAGUGAGUUACAAUGAGAAUGCUUUCCUUGUCACAACCAAAUCCAUGUUAUAUCUAUUAAGGAAGCCACCCAAGCAUUUUGAAGCACUGGUAGAAGAGCACUUUAGAAAACGCUCCCAACAUAUACUUGGUGCCUGUAAGGGAUAUCUUGGAGGAGCUUCCAUUGGAUGUGGAAAAACUGAACAUGAAAACCAGAUGGGGACUUCCACAGGAUUUAAAAUUAUGCUUGCCAAGCUCUUUCCCAAGCUUGUAGAGGCAUUUUCUGAUAAGGGAAUUGAUUGCAGUCAGUUUGUUGAGCUACAAAAAUAACUUUCCUACUAAGUUGUAAGUAACUGUCAUAUUUCCCGACCAAUAUAUUCCAACUUCAAGCGUAAAAUCAUUAUGUUUUACACGUAUCUGUAUGACAUCAAUUGUAAGCCUAUUAAAACACCAAUC